AUGGCUGCUGACGAUGAUGAUCUUGAUAGAAAUACGAUGAAUGAUUGGUCUUCAUCAUCGUGGCCUGUUAUUACAUUAUCAACUAUCGGUAGAGAAGCAGAAGAAGAAUCUGAAAAGCAAAUAAAGACAAAUGUUAAUAAUCAGCUAACGUCAUCAUCAUCAUCAACGGGAGCGUCCCAAUUUGAUACAUCGAUUAAUACUAGUGCUGAUAUUUUAUCACAAAAUAGUCCAGUAACAAGUGUUCCGCCUAUAACCACACAUAGUCCAAUGUUGUCCGGUGUUGGUGAUUCAAUAAAAACAUCGAUACGAUCUGUUUCAGUUGAAACAACGACUCGUAAUCGAUCACCUGUACAUCGCUAUGGUAUAAAUGAAACAGGCAAUAAUUCAUCUCAUUCAUCACUAUAUCAAUCAACAAAUACACAAGUAACUGGUAAUUUACGUGUACAACAUCAACGUGAAAAACAAGAAUUAUCAGAUUUAAAUGAUCGAUUUCGUGGUUAUCUUGAUCGUGUUAAAAUUCUUGAAAUAAAAAAUUCAAAAUUAACUAGCCAACUUGAAGAUAUAACAAAAGCAUGGGGUGCAGCAUCUCAGGGAAUAAUUUCUCAAUAUUCUGGAUCACUUGAUCGUCUUCGACAAGAAGUUAAUGAAUGUAUGCUUGAUGAAGCUGAUUUCCAAACACGUUUACGUCGUUCACAUCACAAUAUUGAUAAUUAUCGUAGACUUAUUCAUGAUGAAGCAACAUGGAACGAUCGACAAGAAGGAAAACGUGAGCAAUUAAAGUUAGAAUUUGAACAUUCAUGCGCCGAAUUAUCUGCUUUACAAAAAUCUUACAUGCAAGUUGAAGAACAAUUAAAAAAUUUACUUCAACAACGUGAUGACUAUAUUAAUGAAAUUAGUCAACUUAAUGAACAAUCAUAUAAAGCAACUAUGGAUAGAAUUAAAUCUGAUUUACAAGUUCAAACACUCCGUGAAGAAAUUCCUUUUCUCAAUGAUGUUCAUACACAUUUAAUUAAUGAAUUUGAACAAUUAAAACCAACGAAUGGUAUUGAUGCACAAUUAUUCUAUCGUCAAGAAUUAGAAAAGGCUAUACGUGAUAUUCGCCGUGAUUUUGAAACAUUAAGUUCAGCACAACGUAAAGAAAUGGAAGAUUAUUAUCAUGUUAAAAUUGAAGAAAUGCAAAAUGAUGCUAAAAGACUUCUACCAUCACAAUCACGACAAGAUGAUCUUACGAAAAUUUCCGAACAAAUUAAAUCAACAAAAUUCGAAAUCAACGAUACACAAAAGACAUUAAUUAAUGAAAAAGAUAAAUUCAAAGAAUUACAAGAUCGUCUAGCUAAAUUAGAAGAAGAAUACAGUUAUGUGUGUAAUCAACGUGGUGCUGGUUAUGAUAAUACUGCUAAAGAAUUAAUGGGUGCACAAGAACGUGUAGAACAAUUAACUGAAGAAAUCGAUACAAUUUUACGAAGCAAUAUAACACUUGAAUCAGAAAUCAACAUAUACAGGCGGCUAUUAGAUAGUGAAACAAAUCGACUUACACAACAAACAAUUGAACAAGUUUUAUCACCUGAACCAGCGCCACCAUCGUUUGGAAGUGAACUUGGCAAAGUUUUUAAUAAGAAAAUUAAGAAAGGACCCAUUGCUAUCAAAGACUGUGCUCCUGAUGGCAAAUGUAUAACAUUAGAGAAUACAUCUAAUGAUAAAGAUGUUGAUGUAUCAAAUUGGACCUUGAAAAGACGUGUUGAAGGUUCAUCAGAAAUUUCAUAUACGAUACCAUAUGGUUUAGUAAUAAGACACGGUAGUGAUUUGAAGAUAUUUGCACGUAGUGCACAAAAUGGCCAUCAUCGACCUCCAUCACAAGUUGUUAAUGAUAAACUUGAUUCAUGGGGUAUGGGCACAGAAUGCGAAACAAGAUUUUUUAAUUAA